CAGGAAGUGCUGAAAGUGAAAGUGAAACUGAGAGGAGCUGGUAUUUAGGGCAGUGCAGCACAAAAAAACAACCUCUUACUUUUCUUCAUAUUUUAAAGACUGGAUGUGAGCUCAGCUCAUUGAAACAAGGUCUAGAACCGACAGCUGUUCCGUCUUUCCCUGAAGGGUGAGAAAACCGCCUUCCUUCCUGCGUUUACUCUCAGCACAAUGCCAGACACUAAGCUGUUGUUGGAGGCCCUGUCAGCUCUUUCUGGCUGCAAUGUGGAGUCAACAACUGGAUCUUCACAGAUAACCCCUCAUGAUUUUAUUACUGCUGUAGCCCUGAGGAAGUAUUACAAACAGCAGGGAUUUCAGGAGCUGGAAUAUCCAAGUAUUGGGACUUUAUCUGUGCAUGACGAUGAGGACUUGUACAGCAGUCCUCCGCCUCUGACCGAAGGACCUGGGGAGAGCCUCAAACCCAAGGUGCAAAUUAAUCUCCAGGACUUCUUCCAUCCUCAGUUUGAUUAUGAUUUCACCAACAUUAAGGAUGGUGAUAAGACGUUUCUGCGUGGUAAUGAGAAUUACAUUCGCCCUUGUGGAUGGAACCGAGCUGCGCUGUAUGUCUUGGAUAAGUACAGUGGUGGAAACCAGUGGCUCGGGACGGGUAAUGACGCCUGGCCCGUCUCCUACCACGCAAAAAACAUAGACGGCUCCCUUGGUGUCAUUGUGGCUCAUAAAGGGAAACCAGAUGACACGCCAGGUUUCCUGGAAGCCGGCGCUGCCUCCGUCAUCCAAGAGCACACAGCAGGAAAUGGAGUGUACUCCACACCGGAUAUCAAGAUGGCAGAGAAGUACUGCAAGACCUUCAAGUCCAAGGUGGAUGGGAAGACUUACAAAGUGGUUCUUCAGAAUCGCAUCAACCCCCAGAAAAGGGCGGUGUGCCAGAGGGAAGACCUCUGGGUGGUGUACAUCCCAGAUGGGAAGAACGACCUCCAGAGAAGGGCCAUUGUGCAGGAGUCCAUCCGUCCGUACGGGCUGCUGAUGAAGCCGGCAUGAGUCCAGCCAUCAGCAGCAGCUGGGAAAGAAUCACGACAUUCUUUUCACUUAAGAUUAUAAAUGCGUUGUUUGUGGUCUUUAAAGCUUACUCUGUAACGUAAAUGAGGGAGUUAGCAAUAUCCAAGGGUUCACAUUUAAGCUCUUUCUGCAGUUUUCUGUCUGACAUUAAUGUCUAAAUUUAGAUUCUCACCCCAAACACUAAACCUCAAGUUCUUUAUGCAGAACCAAAUAUCUCCAGCUGUCUUUUCCAGAACUGAAAAUCUGCUAAAUAAGCUGAAGGAAGAACUGAUGAACACAUCUACUGCUGAUUGAACACAGGAAAGAUGAACUCUGUGAGCUACGCUUGUAUCUGAUUAUGUCUGAAUGUACUUUCCUCAAGCAGAUGUAUCCAUUUUGUAUCAAUUUCUAAACGAUGACUGUUAUAGAAAUUUUAUGUUUGAUUAUUUUUUGAUCAUUAAUCAUAUUAACGGAAUGCAUUAUCUAUUGCACUAUGCCUGCAAGCUGCCGUGCGAUGGACUGGCUCUCUGUCCAGGGUGUACCCCGCCUGAUUGCCCGCUGACCGCUGGAGAUGGGCGCCAGCUCCCUUCCCUCCCCCCCUGCGACCCUACGUGGACAAAGCGGGUUCAGAAACUGGAUGGAUGGACUAUGCCUGCAAGCAUUCUCACUCAUUCCCACACACACACAUUCCUGUCUUAUCUCAUGAUAUACAGUAAAUAGACAGGAAGAGCAAAAUCUCAUUGCAGUUGUAAGCCUCAAGCUUUUGACUGAGCAUCUGCCCCGACUUGCAAACAGUAAAACGUGUGGUUAAUUGUCUCUUUUCUCUUCGACUGCAGGUAUUAGGUGAUUGAUAUAAUCCCUAACAAUGACAUAUAAUUUUUCAGUCAAUGUGUGCACAUAUCUGAUUUAAAUGUAGCGUUAGUUUUUGUUUCAAAUGUAAAUGUUUGUAGUAAUAAUAAAUGUUAAGUUGCAGAAACUUCCUGUUGCUCUAAACUGAAACACCUGCUGUGAGGUAUGAUGGCGUUUGUCUGACGUUAUUUAUGUUUUUCUAAACUGUCAACACUUGUUUGACGCACAGAAUCUGUCAUCUACCUGGACCUUGUUUGCAAAAUCAAUGGUUUGCACAUAAAAUAAUUAGAAUCUUGUAAUCUAAAGGUGAAUGCGAUUAAAGUGGAUUUCAAAAGUCA